AUGGGGAGUCAUCAUCAGCCGUUCCUCUACGACGCCGAGCACAGCUCGUCGAGGUUGCCUGAGAAGCCGUUUGAUCCCAAGGCCGUCACGCGUGCUAGCUGGCAGCCCAAACCCGUCAAGCCCCAGCAAGAGGGACCAUUGCGCAAGCCCGUCAAGACCAUGAGCAGCACCACCAAGGCCUGGAUCAAGGCCAUCCGCGUCGUUCAGCUGCUCAUACGAGCGCUCCAGUUCAUCGGCGCAACGGCUAUCCUAGUUCUCGUCAUUCUCAUCACGGGCGUGCCCGGCAUCACGACCUGGGUUCUGCGCAUCACGGCUGGAUUUGUCAUUGCUCACAGCGCCUAUGGCGUCUACCACCACUCCAAGCCCGCUGGCUACCGGACGCCAGCAUCUUCGGGCGCCUACCAGGUCUUUGCUGCUUUCUCCGAUGUCUCAGUUCUUCCCCUGUACGCAUACGGCGCUAUGUCUGCCAAGAACAACAGCGCCGGGUGGACGACGCUGCUCACGGACCAGACUUAUGUGCCGUACCUUGUCACAUCGUUUUACUACACUCUGAUUGGUUCCGGUGGCCUGCAUGGUUUGUCGCUGGUCGUCUCUUUCUGGCUUGCGCUCAAGUUCCGCCAGAUUGCUCAAAUGCCGCCCGAUAUGAACCCGCUCGAGGACCGCUACACCACGCGGUCGAAGAAGCGCCAGCAAAAGCAGCUCAAGGAUAUGCAGAAGCAGCAGCAUGCACGGAACAAGUCCUCGAUUGCCACAGCUGACACGUUUGAGUCGCUGUCCAGCCUUGACAAUGACAAGGGCUUGCUCAGCCGUCCGCCCUCGGUUCCCUUCCUGCACACGCGGACAGGCUCCCAGGCCACCAUCUCGUCUAGCGAUCCCCGUCUCACUCUUCCCAGCCAGAACAGCCCUUCAUCGAACUCGGCACGCAGCUCUCUGGCUAACCUGAAGCGCUCGUCGAUGGUGAAUACACCGAACAGCGGACGUGGCUCUUACGCCGAGGUCCCGCUCAACGACGGUGGCUACGCCAACUCGCCCAGCUCUCGCCUUAGCUACCACAGUGGACGGCCCAGCAGCCGCCCCCAAUCUGGCACGCCCAACAGCUCCAACUCCCCGGCCGGUCUUGGCAUCACCGACGGCGCCAACGACGGCGGCCGCCCUGGCAAGUUCACUGAGACGUGGCAAGCGACGGAUUCCAUGGUCAACCGCACCCAGCAGCGCAACGCGGCUCUUAACACUAUGGUCCUCAACGCCUCGGGCAAGCGGCGGAACUAUGAGGUCGUCAGCCAGGCAUACGAUUUCCACGACUCGGAGGGAGAGGUGUCGGAUACGGAUACCGUGCACCGCCAUGACAUUGACGACGACGACGACGAGAACGCCCCGUACAAUCACUACAGCUACGAUGAUGGCGGUGAUUCCAACCGCCCGAAUCCCCUCCGUUCGAACCCGACGCUCCCGCGCACAAAGACUCCGUUCCGCCAGGAACGUCCUGCAUCUACCGUCCCAUCAAUGACCUCGUCCGUCCACACCAGCACCACGCACAAUGGAAACGUACUUGGCGAGGUGCCUAUUAACGACCGUCGUGUGAGCGGUGGCUAUACGGUCGAUAUUGCCGACGCAAUGAAGUCCAGUAUCGCCAAGGAUGGCAAAAGCAGCCCCACAAAGGAUAUUGGACGUGGCCUUACAAAGGGCAAGCUCUCGCCACAGGAGACGCAGCAAAAGCCUGACUCGAAGGUGUCUCGUACGCCAACGAAACGCUGGACCUGGGCUCCUCGGAGUCGUCAGAGCAGCGUGCAGAAGGAGGACGACUUCUACAGCAAGCCGUACGGUCAGCUGAAGUCGGCCACGCCACCUAUUAUGGUGGGCGAGGACUUGGGGGCUGGCAGCCCGAGCGGAACACGGCAGGUUUCGAGUGGCAACGACUACGAUCUGGGCAGUGACCGUUACCUGUACUACGGCGACAACAACGCUGGCGCGGCCAACACCUUUAGCCGGCGGAACGUGAGCGGCAAGAUUGCCGAAGAAGGCAGGGCCUUCAAUCGGUACAGCACGUACAACAACUGA